AUGGCUGCAUUACCGACGCGUAACGACCUUCGCAUCAUCCUGCAUUUGGAUUAUGACUGCUUCUAUGCCUCGGUGUUUGAAGUAGAGCAACCGGCUCUCAAAUCACUGCCCCUAGCAGUCCAGCAAAAGCAGAUAGUCGUGACCUGCAACUACGAGGCGCGACGACGCGGCCUGCACAAGUUACAGCUGAUCAAGGAUGCCAAGCGCAUUUGCCCCGACGUUGUGAUUGUCCUGGGUGAAGACUUGACCAAAUUCCGCGAUGCGUCCAAAGAUCUUUAUCUAUUUAUCCGCAGCUUCAUCUGGGGCGGGCGAGUGGAGAGACUGGGCUUCGACGAGCUCUCUUUGGAUGUGACCGAGAUGAUCGACUACAACGUCGGACUGCUGAAUGCAAAUACUCUGGCAACUUCCUUCUUCCAUUUAGAUCAACAGGACCCCACAGUUGGCUUUAUCUACGAUGCAACCAAGUUCGUUGGCUCUACUUAUCCACCGAUAGCGGCGAAAGCAUCUGCGAGUCCCCCAGAAGCACUAUCGCUGGAGAUGAAACUGCUGGUCGCCUCCCACUUGAAUGGAUACCUGAGAGGGCAACUUGAACACGAGAAAGGCUUUACGGCUACUGGAGGAGCUUCUACCUCCAAGCUACUGGCAAAGUUAGUCGGCAGCGUCCACAAACCCAACCAGCAGACCACUCUGCUCCCACCUUAUGAGGCAUCCCGGGAUGAAGCCGCAAGCAACGUCCUCGAGUUUAUGGAUGCCCAUGAAAUCCAGAAAAUCCCGGGCAUCGGAUCAAGACUUGCACAGAAGCUACGAAGCCGGGUCACUGGAAAGAACGCCGGCGACGAGAAGGUGACGGUGCGACAUGUGCGACUCUUUCCCGACAUGGGACCAGCGCUACUAGAGAAGAUACUCGGCGGGCCCGGGGCACCUAAAGGGAUCGGCAUGCGCGUAUGGGGUACCUUGCAUGGAGUGGACAAUGCAGACGUGCUCGAGGCACGCGACCUACCGACCCAGAUCAGUAUCGAGGACUCGUACGGACGAGGACACCUGGAAAAUAUUGAAAGCGUACGGCGAGAACUGACGAUCAUUGCAAAGAGUCUGAUCCGACGCAUGAGAACCGAUCUGAUCGACAGGACCGAGAGCGAUGCGGCUGGGCCUCGGUGGCUGGCCCACCCGCGCACCCUCCGAUUAUCCACGCGCCCUCGAAAUCCACCGGAGACAGACGGAGCGCGCACAUACAACGCCAAUCGCAUUUCGCGGUCAGCGCCGCUCCCUACGUUCGUAUUCAAUGUGGAUGAGAAUAUCGACGCGCUAGCCGAGAGGAUUGUGGGCGAGCACGUUUUGACCAUGUUUCGAAAACUUCAUCCCGAAAAGUCUGGUUGGGAUCUGAGUCUGAUGAAUAUCGCCGUGACCAACUUGGUCGAAAGUGCGGGGGACCAGAAACAGAGCAGCGGACGGGACAUUGGGAAAAUGUUCCGGCAACAGGAGACGGUGCGAAAGGAUUGGACGGUGCACGAUCCCGUUGCUGACCGGGCGCAUCUAAUGCAGCAGCCUGAUGUACCCGAUGUCCCUGUUUGGACCCUGGCUGCGCCGCCGGAUACAACGGAUGGGCGGUGGGAGGAUGGAGAGGAGGAGGACGACGAUGGGUCUGUAGGAACCGCAGAGUCACGAUCUCAAGCUUCAGAAGCCAUUCGCCAGGUCACGCCAAUCGACGAUCCUGUUAUUGGCACCUCUUCUCACCGGAUUGACCAUCUCUCACACUUUGACCUGACCUUCGAAUUACAUCGCGACGCCCGGCGCAUAAAGCUGGAACUCGAGCCAAACCACGACAUCUUGGCCGACGAUGCUUACGUGCAGUAUAUUCGCCCCGAUGGCACCCUGGGCGGGGGCGAGCCUAUCCAGCGACAUGAACACAAGGUCUUCCGUGGCCGCGCCCUGGUCGGUUCGGGCAAGGGCAGAUGGACUCCCACCGGUUGGGCCAGAAUCACCGUGAAAAGGGAUGGCCCAGAGCCGCUGUUCGAGGGUGCGUUCAGCAUCGACAACGACAAACACCACAUCGAGCUGCAGUCGACCUACCUGGGAAAAAAGCGAGCGAUCGAUACUGAUAUCGAACACCGGGCACACGAGUAUAUGGUGGUCUAUCGGGACUCUGAUAUGAUCCGCUUCCAACACUCCGAGCUCAAGCGGUCGCUGUCCGACUCCUCAGGCUGUUCGGCGGAUAAACUCGACUUUAAUGCCGACCUGAGCAAAUCGAUUUUUCCUUUUGGAAUUGACCGGCCUGAGGGCAGAUGGGGGUACACUUCGUUAAACUCGAUGUUUGGGCUGAGCAAGCGUCAAUCCGACACAGGUGGUUUGUCCGGAAACACGGGCGGCGUGAAUCUUAAAUCAACCAUUGGCGACUCAGCCGGGUGCCCCAAAACGAAGAAGGUCGCUCUCAUCGGAGUGGCCACGGACUGUAAAAUGACCGAUUAUUUCAAGGCGACCAACUCCACCCCCAAGGUCGCGGCCAAGGAUUUUGUCAUCAACAUGGUGAAUACCGCGUCGAGCCUCUACGAGUCAUCCUUCAACGUUUCCAUCGGUCUACGCAAUCUGACCGUGAACGAAUAUGAGUGCCCUACUACCGCCAAUGAUGCUACGCCGUGGAACGUCGAUUGCAACGGCGGCAAUAUCACUUGGCGCUUGAACGAGUUCUCCAAAUGGCGCGGUGACCACUCGGAUAACAACGCCUACUGGACUCUCCUGACGGCUUGCCCCACGGAUUCCGAAGUGGGUGUUUCCUGGAUGGGCCGACUGUGCACCUCCGGUGUCACGAGCGAUGGUUCUAGCUCUGUAUCAGGAGCCAAUGUCGUCGUUGGCACCGUGGGGUCAACGUGGCAGAUCUUCGCCCAUGAAACGGGCCAUACCUUCGGCGCUGUACACGACUGCGACUCGCAAACCUGCGCUCAGGGAUUGGAAGCUUCCUCUCAAUGCUGUCCGCUGAGCUCGUCGACCUGCAACGCCAAUGCCAAGUACAUCAUGAACCCGUACGCAGAGUCGGAUAUGACGACUUUCUCACAGUGCACCAUCGGCAAUAUCUGCUCGGCAAUCGGCCGCAAUAGCAUCAAGUCAUCCUGCCUCUCGGAUAACAGGGGCGUCACGACCAUCACCGGCAGCAUAUGUGGUAACGGUAUCGUUGAGGCUGGCGAAGAAUGUGACUGCGGCGGCUCCAAAGGAUGCGGCAAUAACCCUUGCUGCGAUGGCAAGACAUGCAAAUUUAAGAACAACGCCGUCUGCGAUGACUCCAACGAUAGCUGCUGCUCCAGCUGCCAGUACUCUGCCGCAGAUACCAUCUGCCGCGCAAGUACCGGCCCAUGUGAUAUCGCCGAGAAGUGCACCGGAAACUCCAGCGCUUGCCCAGACGACAAGUACGAGAAGGACGGGACAUCCUGCGGCUCCACAAAGGGUCUUGCCUGUGCCAGCGGCCAAUGCACCAGCCGAGACUACCAAUGCCGCACGGUGAUGGGCAGUCUAUUGAACAGCAACGACACCUGGGCCUGCGAGGAUACAAACGCCCCAUCGUGCAGUCUCGUCUGCGGCUCCCCCGAGCUUGCUCAUCAAUACGGCAGCAACACGUGUAUCGAGAUGAACCAGAACUACCUGGACGGUACGCCGUGCGAUGCAGGCGGCACAUGCAAGUCCGGCCAAUGCCAGGGCUCAUCCGCUCUCGGUUGGAUCCGCCAGCACAAGAACAUCGUGAUUGGCAUCUGCGUUGGUGUGGGUAGCCUGAUUGUCCUCGCUUUGCUGUACUGUCUCAUCAGCCGUUGCAGAAUGGCCAGAGCCAGGCGCCGCAUGGCCAAGGCUCCUGGGCCGUAUCCCGGCUAUCGAGGACCUCCGCCGCCAGGUCGCAGGCCUCCUCCCAUGCAGCAGUGGCCCGGAUAUCCCACUACUGGGUACCAGAAUAUGCCACCGCCGCAGCCACCGCGUUAUGGUUAA